GCGGCAGAGACGAACCGGCGACCCCUCCUCCGCACCGACUCCGGACCUCAGAGCUAGCGAACAUGAGGCUCUGGCUGGCGGCAGCCUGUCUGCUGGCCACUGCUGUGGCCGUGCGCAUGGACAGCUGGGACGUUCGUAAGGAAUACGGAACACGGUCCAAGUUCCCGUCUCGUAGCGUGUACGACGGGAGCCGAAGAGUCCCCGCUGAUCGCUCUUCGUCUUCCGACUACGACCGCCGCGAGCUCCAGGACAGGAAGGAGUUGGACCGUGAACUGAGCGGGCCGCGGGCGGUGGACGAAGACAGGUCAGAGGGCCGUGCCCAGGACUGGCAGAGGAGGGCGGCUCACCACUGGGACCGCGCCCAGUACGAGGACCGCCGGGAGGAGGCGGACCGCUGGGACCAGGACAGGUGGUCCGAGGACGACCGGGAGGUCCGCCCCAACCGCCGCGUGCCGCCGAGCCCGCGCCACCAGUGGCACACGCAGCGCGCCGUGCCGGGGGAGCCUCCGUCACGCGGCGUGCCGGGAGAGCCUCCGUCCCGCGGCGUGCCCGGCUCGCCGCCGUUCCGCGGCUACGACCUACAGAGCCGCGGCAUCAACUGGGCGACCUCGCAUCGCGGCGAGUUUCAGUUCAUCGCGCGCCUGUCGGCCUACUACACCAAGAGUGGCGACUGGUACUACGAGCCGUGCGGCGCCUCCAUCAUCAGCCCCGUCUUCCUGCUGACGGCCGCGCACUGCUUCGACCACCAGCGGGCGGCCGUGGGACACGUGGUCCCGGCGCUCGUCUACGCCUACCUUAACGACUUUGACACCACGCGGCCGGACGAGUCGGCCAUCGUGAACGCCUCGGAGGUCAUCCUGCACGAUAAUUACACCCCGCGGGACAGCGACCGACCGCUCAACGACGUGGCAGUGGUGCGGCUCUCCAGUCCGCUCGACUUCAAAGCGCUCGGCGUCGGUAGCAUUUGCCUCGACUCGGCCCCCAUUGGAGACAACGUCGACAUGACCAUCGCCGGCUGGGGCAAGACAGCCGAGAACGCCGCCCACAUGAACACCCAGCUCUUCAAGUCGACCAACGAGAAAACGCUCAGCCUCGACCGGUGCAAGUACGACACGUCCUACUCGCCGGACGAGAUCGACUCAGACGCCAUCUGCGCCAGCGGCGCCAACCAAUUCGGGGUGCAGGAUGCGUGCCAGGGCGACUCGGGCGGACCCAUGUUCCACCAGAAGAACGGCCAGUUCGCGCAGACGGGCGUGGUGUCGUGGGGUCGCGGCUGCGGCCGCGCCUCCUACCCGGGCGUUUACGCCAGGGUGUCCAAGUUCGCCAACUGGGUGGUCGCCAAGACCAACGGAGACGCUGACACGUGCUAGGUGGCGGCGCCGUUAAGUCAGCGCUGGCCGGCGGUCGGGUCGGGUGUGGACGGAGGCGGGGACGGUCGGGUCGGUGCCGGGAGGAGAGGGGAGUCGGGGAGUCGCUGCGUCCCGCCACUCGCGCUCGGCGGCUCCCCGACCAGUGUCAGCGGGACGAUCGGUUGACCUGAGGUCAGAGGCUUACUUAGGCCCAGUGAACUCAGCCAACCGGCCCGCCGGCAACCUCACCAUCCUCACUUUCUGACUCUCUGUAUAUAGACAACUUUACUGUGUGCUUAGCAUGGAAAAUCUACAUAAAAAAUGUGGUAGAAGGCAAGUAGCUGGUCGCUGCCCUCCGUGCCUUAGGUUCAAUAGAACAUCCUUGAACUAAACAGAGCUACUUCUAAAAUAGUUAAUAUAUUACUGACAAAGAGACGA